GGACGAAUAGCUCAGUGGUAGAGCGAAAGAUUGCAGUCAAGAAGCGACUUAUCUUUAGGUCACGAGUUCGAACCUCGUUUCGUCCUUCCCUUUUGCUGUGCUUAUGGCCUGCGUCUCGCCUUGGCCGGCCGAGGAGACACCGCCCCCUUCGUCUGUGUGCAUUCCCACCCCGCGCUUCUUUUCCGCCGCGAUCUAUUCACCACAAUUACUCUCUACAAAGUUGUUACCUUUGGUCAUUUGCUGUCACCCUCUGCACCCCAUUUUCAAUACAUAUUCACUCAUUAGAGUCCGCCGAGGCCAACCCCGCAUCUGUUACCUUGCUAUGCCCCCCAAAUUGCGGUCGAUCCUUCAGUCGCCAGAUGACCUCGCCUGGGAAAAGAGCGACGAGGCCUACGAUGCAUGGGAGGCCACCAUCCUCGGAAGCGCCUCUCUGGAGCGCGCCAUCGGAGACUUCAUCUUGAAGCACAAGCCGGGCAAGGCCGUGAGGCUCCACGUGCCCUCAAGGGCGGGUACAACAUCUGCUACCGCCUCGAAUAUGAUGAUGGCUCCUCUUUGUGGUGUUCCGUGUUCCUACUAAAGGUCCCGUAUGCUUUCCCGAGGAAAAACUCAAAUACGAGGUGGCCACGAUGCGCUUCGUGGCCGCGCAUACUACCAUCCCGGUGCCCAAAGUGUAUCACUAUGGCAGCGCCGCCGAAAACCCGACCGGCAUGGGUCCAUUUAUCAUCAUGGACUACGUUGAUCACGCCCGGACUCUGUUCGAGGCUAUGAAAGACCCCAUACGUGAGGCCGGGAAAUCUGAACCACUGGAUCCCAACAUAUCCAACGACAGGCUUAGCUUCCUCUACCGCCAAAUGGCCAACAUCACCGCGCAGUUGUCCACUCUCGAGUUCCCGAAGAUCGGGUCCUUGGUCGAGGACGAGGACGGCUCCAUCUCGGUCCGCGGCAGGCCGUUAAUCCAAAACAUGAACGAAAUGGUUAACCACGCCAAGGUCCCCACUUCGCUACUGCCUUCCGGCACGUACUCGACGGCCGACGAUUGCUAUUCGGCGCUGGCCGACAUGCAUUUCACGCAGCUCGUGUUCCAGCACAACGACGCCGUCGACGACGAGGACGACGCUCGCGACAAGUAUGUCGCCCGCCAGCUCUUCCGCAAGCUUGCCGCCGAAGGCCGGCUCUCGAAGGGUCUGGAUCAUGGUGGCAAACACGAUGACGCCGGGUCGGAUCCGGGUGAGGCCUCUUUCCGCCUCUUUUCCGAAGACCUCACCCCCUCAAACGUAUUAGUCGACAAAGGCGGCCGGGUUGUUGCUGUCAUCGACUGGGGGUGGGCGUACAUGGCCCCGUCGCAGUUCGCCUUUGACCCGCCCUGGUGGCUGCUCCUGGAAGCGCCUGACCGAUGGGAUGAGGGCGUUAGGCAGUGGCUGGAAGAUUAUGGGCCGCGGCUUGAAGUGUUCCUCCACGUCCUGGAGGAGGAGGAAGAGAAACUGGCAGCAGGCGGCGCCGGGGCGGAAAAGACGCUCGCCCAGAGGAUGCGCCGCAGGUGGGGGACAAAGUCCUGGAUGAUCAACUGGGUGUCCCGCAAGAGUUGGUCGUUCGACUUCUUCUUUUGGCGGUAUCUGGACCCGGCCUUCUUCGGCCCCAAUGAAGAGGCAGACCACAAGGCGCGGCUCGAGCUCCUGACGCCAUCUCAGCUGGAGGCUAUGGAGCCUUUUGUGGAGCAGAAUAUGGAAGAGGCCAAAGAUCGAGUCCUGGUGGACUGGCAAGAUGAGAAGGCGGCAGAACAUCUGGCCAAAGUGCUGGUCUGAACCGCUAGUUGAGUCAAGAGAGGGAAAAGUGUAGGCAAGUGAUUUGGUAGUCAAAGCAUAAUUACCUACUUGCAAAACCUAGGUUGUUAGUAUGCAUCGUGGUGAUGACUGCCACUAUUC